CCACAGCCGUUUUCUCCCAACACCGCCCAAGGAGGUCGUCGGCUCGCUCCGAUCCCCAUUCCGCAGUCGCCGCCCGAGUCAAAAAGAGGGAAGCUUCUCCCACCAGAGGAGAGAGAGCCCUUCCUUCCUUCCUCCCCUUCGGCUCCGCUUCCGCCCACCAACGACUACUAGUCGCGGCCACCGAGAGAGCCAAACCCUAAGCUCCCCCACGUCCCCCCUUUCCGGUUCCCCCCGCGAGCGGCGGCAGCGGCGGCGGCGAGGGGAGGAGCCCAUGGAUCCCUCCUCCGGCGGUGGGGGCGGCGGCGGCGGCGGCGGGGGCGGCUCGCAGAUCAGGGGGAUGGCGACGCACGGGGGCCGCUACGUGCUGUACAACGUGUACGGCAACCUCUUCGAGGUCUCCUCCAAGUACACCCCUCCCAUCCGCCCCAUCGGCCGGGGCGCCUACGGCAUUGUCUGUGCGGCUGUUAACUCGGAAAACAGCGAGGAAGUUGCCAUCAAGAAGAUUGGCAAUGCAUUCGACAACCACAUCGAUGCCAAGCGGACCUUGAGAGAAAUCAAGCUGCUCCGCCACAUGGACCACGAGAAUAUUAUUGCCAUAAAGGACAUAAUUCGCCCCCCAAGAAGAGAAAAUUUUAAUGAUGUGUACAUUGUUUCUGAGUUGAUGGAUACUGAUCUCCAUCAGAUCAUACGCUCAAAUCAACCAUUGACUGAUGACCAUUGCCAGUACUUCCUGUACCAGUUGCUACGAGGGCUAAAAUAUGUGCACUCAGCAAAUGUCUUGCACCGUGAUCUGAAGCCAAGCAACUUGUUCCUUAAUGCAAAUUGUGAUCUCAAGAUUGCGGAUUUUGGGCUCGCAAGGACCACUACGGAGACUGAUCUCAUGACAGAGUAUGUGGUCACUCGGUGGUACCGAGCACCAGAAUUGCUGUUGAACUGUUCACAGUAUACUGCUGCUAUUGAUGUUUGGUCAGUUGGGUGCAUACUUGGGGAAAUUGUUACUCGUCAACCCCUGUUUCCUGGAAGGGAUUACAUCCAACAAUUAAAAUUGAUCACUGAACUGAUAGGGUCGCCAGAUGACUCAAGCCUAGGAUUUCUUCGGAGUGAUAAUGCAAAAAGAUACAUGAAACAGCUACCUCAGUACCCCAGGCAGGACUUCCGCUUGCGCUUCCGCAACAUGUCUCCUGGCGCAGUUGACCUGUUAGAGAAAAUGCUGGUGUUUGAUCCAAGCAGACGGAUUACUGUUGAUGAGGCUCUUCAUCACCCGUACUUGGCUUCUCUUCAUGACAUCAAUGAAGAACCCACCUGCCCAGCGCCUUUCAGCUUUGAUUUUGAGCAGCCAUCCUUUACCGAAGAACAUAUAAAAGAACUUAUCUGGAGGGAAUCCUUGGCAUUCAAUCCGAAUCCUCCCUACUAAAAUCUCAGAGCAAUUUAUCAGCGCAGGCAUAUGAAGAUCUGUAGCUCUAGAGAAGCCAAAACCUCCCCUGCUUUGUGCAUGUAUUAAUUUUAUGCCCACCUGUUGGGCGAAUGAGCAUGAAUCCCUUAUUGUUAUAGUGACAAUUUUUCUUAAGGCCUGUCUAAAGAAACAGCUUUUGUAUCUCUUUUCAGAUAGCCCUAACCCGGGCUUGUAUUAUACCGGUUGAUCGUAUAACUUUUCUUAUGUAUCUAAGCCUGUAAUUGUGUGCACAAUGGCUUGAACUGCCCGUGUAUAUCAGAGUUGACAUCUUCUCUCAUACAUGCUAUU